CGAUGAUAUCAAUUCCACCGUUCAUUGACAUGUCUCAACAAAAGUCAGAGUUUUAUUUUGUAUGGACAGAAAGUGGUGACACUGAAGCGUUUGAACCUGAGCCCUUUAAGAGAAGCACGUUCUAAGGUCGCAUCGGGGUCAACUCAUGUUGGUUAUUUAUUAGUGUAUAUAAUAGAACUUGGAAAACAGAACAUGUGGUUGUCAAAGUGGAAACAAAACAUUUUCCUAAAUCAACCACAAACAAUAUUAGUCAUUUGGUUGAAUUAGAAAACAAGACCUUAACAGCAGAAGCAGUGAAGAAUGAAGAUGGCAAAAAACAUGUGCAACAGUGAAGGAAACUUAGAUGACACAGAAUUCAGCAAACCUAUGCCAUGGAUAGGAAUCUACAUAGCAAUAGCAUCACUUCUAUGUCUCAUUUCAAUGUCUGCAGAUCUCAUCAAAGGUUUCAAAGCUCGCAAACUAUGGUUCCCUAGUAAAUAUUUUUGUCUUAAUGCAACUUCAUUAACCAUAAUCGCCGUUACCGUUAAACUCUCCGUUGAUCUCAACACACCUAUGCCUCACCGUCAUGAUCAGCUAGCAAAACUUGCAAGCAGUGCUAUAAUCUGCACAAUCAUGGCUAAUUCUAUGCCUUCUCUUGGUGCAACACAGAAUAGUGAAACCAUGAUGAAUGUUUUGGCUAUGGCUAUUUUAGUGAUUACAAUGAUUGUUAAUAUUUGUAUUCAGUUUGUAACUGGUGUUAUUUAUGAGUUUUGGGUUGAACAUGGUGUUAUGAUGUUUCUUAUGAUUGUUUUGUUGAUGAUUAUGACUUCUUCUGCUUUGUGUUUACCAAAGAUGAAACAUUACAUGGAGUUGAAGUAUCAGAUGAAUGAAGAAGUUUUGAGAGAAAUCUCAAAGCAAAAAGAACAAGAAUUUAGUAAUGUUACUGAUAAACUAAGAGAUGAAUUGAUGAAAUUUUGGAUGAUGGCUCAUACUAGUAGUCCUCAAUUUAUACUUGGAAGGUCAGUUUCAUGUACUGCUUCUGGUGCUUUUUGUGUUUUGAGUACUUUGACUUUACUCGAAGCGAUGCUUCGUUCUUAUUUAAUGCCUUGGUCGGUUAAAUUUUGUACCGGUGAAUGUGAUUAUAAGUGGUCUACAAUCUUGAUUCUUAUAGUUCAAGUUGGUGCUGUUGGUGUUGGUACUAUUGCUCCGGCUUUAAGAUGGUUUUCUGCUGUUAAAUAUAGGUGUCCAAAUGUGAGAAAAAGGAACACCAAGAGAGUUUUUCAAGUGGAAAGUUAUUGGACUGAUACGUUAGUGUUGGUUCGAGACAGUCCAAUUAGUUUUCGGAUUCGUAAUCGGUGGUUUAGGAAGUUGGCUCAUGAUGUAAAACUGAUUCUGGUGUGUUUCUGUAUUAAACUACAGAUUGUGAUAGUUAUGUUGUGUAAAGCUGCACAAUAUGCUUCAAUUUUUCCUAUGUAUUGGAUUUUGGGAUUCUGUGAGUAUUUUAGGACUUGGACCUUGAAAUUCGGUUCUAGCACUUCGAGUCUAGGAUCAGGCACAAAGCAGGAUUUACGACGGUUUAUUCUACAUCUCGAAGGCGAGGAAGAGUUGGUUGAAGUGAUGAUGAAAGAAAAUUGGGAUGCAACUAUUCAUUGGGUUCAACAAGGUGAAAAACAGCAGCCAAAACUUGUUAUGGAGUUAUUGGAGAAAAAAUGUUCGAUGUUGCAGGGAUUUAAAGGAGUUGCAGAAUUUGAUUGUGAUCAAAUUCUACCUUUGCAUGGAGUUGAACCUCCUCCAUAUAGUUGGUCACUUCCUAUUGUGACACUAGUAAGCAUUAUUGGUGCUUUGCCAAAUAUUGAGAAGUAUUUGGUGAAAAAUUUGAUUAGUACUAUAAAUGAAGGGCUACCCUAUGUGAAGUUCAUAGAAAACAACAUUGACAAAGAUGGAAAAUUGAUUAAAGUUAGGAAAGCAGCUGAAAUUGUGUGGCUUGGAGCUGAUCUUUAUGGAAAGUGGCUCGAUGUUGAUCUUUAUAAACUCUCUCUUCAAAGCAAGUGUCUCAAAGAAACACUUGAGACACUAGCUGAGCUUGCAAAAACAAGGUAUGAGAAAUAUAAAGCAAAAUAUAAUUAUGUAUGUAUUAAGGUAAGUCCUUCAGCAUGGCCUACAAAGGUAUUGGCUUCUAAUGCAAUGUACAGAUUAACAAAAACCAUUCUUCUGUUGAAUCAAGAUGUUGUAAGAGGCCAUAAUGCUAGUGAGAAGCUGUUUGAAGUUUUGAUAGUGAUGAUUUCUGAUAUAUUGGGUGCAUGUUUAACAAACUUGCCUCAUGUGAUAUCCACAAAGUGUUUGAGUACUAGUAUUGAAGAGAGGGAGGAUCGUGUUAGACAAGCGGUUUAUAUUCUAGGUAAAACAAAGAAGAUUAUAGAAAUGCUUGAAAAGAGAGCUUUUCCUAGAGUUAAUUUUUGCCGCGGGACUAAUGUUGAAGAUUGGCAUUUAAUGCAUAAGCAGAAGAGUUUCUGUUAUCCCUCUGAACUGUCUUCACAGGAGGAGAAUGAUGCCUACACAGAUCCUGCUAAAUUAAGGGAUCUUUGCCUAAAUAUUGAAUAAAAGCUAGAGGUACUGAUAGUCUUACAAUUUUGUACAAAGAUUGUUGAAAAAGCUUAUAGUUUUUGUUUCAUGUAUGUAUAAAGUUUGUAGAUUGAUGAAGUUAUAUUAUGAGGUAAGAUCUACAAUUCCACAUCAUUAACAAGUCAACCUGCAAUAAAAACUUGCGAGUAAUAUAUAGAAAGAUUACAAAAAUUGUAUAGUAGAUGAUCAAUAGUUGUUGCUGGAAUAGAACACUAUUUUAUAAUGCGCUGAUUGGUGAACACAUCUUCGAUAAUGGUGGUAUCGACCAGUUGGUUCUCGGGGUUUGCCUCUCGGCCUGGUUGUGUUUGAUUAUGCUGUUUUGGUCUGACACUUAAACUGCUGUGUUUUUAUGGUUCAGUCAGGCAGUCAAGCACUCAAACCAUUGGUAUAAACCACUACUAUUACUUAAUAAUCUGAAAAACACUCAAACCAUUAAUAAUCAGAUUAAACCAAUAUCUUUGGUUUAAUUUAUCUCAGAUAACUACUAUAAUCUGUCAAACACUCGUCCAUAAAACAUAAUCUGCAGAUAACUACUAUAAGGUCCAGAUAACUACUAUAAUCUGUCAAACACUAUAAUCUGCAGGAAACCACAGAACAUAGACAAAUGAUACUCUUAAGGAAUCUGAAGUUUAUCAAGGUCUUGCUUUAAGAUGAUCCAUCUUUUUAGCCUAUAAUAUAUUUCACAGUUUCUUAAUUUGUCCCUUUGUAUGCUCAAACACCAUAGACAAAUAAUGUUCAUAUAAGUAAAGGCAUAUCAAACUACAUUCUCAAAGCUUUGUAGAAUACAGGAUACCUCACAAAUAGAAAGCUCCUCUAUCUUCAAACUUCAUCAGGAGGGACACAAGUAUUGGGUAGCAAAUCCCCUCUGCAAUGUUAGCUAGGACUGACAGUCGACUUGAAUGCAUCUUCCACCAGUCCAAGAUAUCGAAGACAUGUAUUGCUAGCUGCUCAACUAGCAAUGUUGAAAUUGUUACGUUAGACAUUUUUACUUAGAUUUGAAUUCAGACCUUGCAGUUGUGUGUACGAGUUUUAUGUGGUGUUUGUCACUUCAUCUAUAGACACAUUAAAAAGAAAGGACAAAUCUAUUGUUUGAAAGAGUCUCAUAGCUUAAGU